AAAGAGUUUAAGGCCGUCUUUACCAACCUUGGUGCAAGUGGAAGAUUUGGUCCAACAUCACUUGGUAGUCACUACGCUAAUCAGGAUCAUGACGGACAAGUUACACUGUCCAGCGGUAUUCAACAGUGGACUGUGCCGUACACUGGUGACUACAGAAUACAAGCAAUAGGAGCAGCAGGAGGGUAUGAUAAACACUCCAGAAGUGCUCAGUACCGAGGAAGAGGAGCAAGAAUGAUUGGAACAUUCCCUUUAAAGGAGGGUGAAGUUAUUCAAAUACUUGUCGGUCAAGAAGGAGGAGUAAACGGGCGGAGUCAUUCCUCUGGAGGUGGUGGAGGUACAUUUGUAGUAAGAGGAGCCUACACAUUCUUGAUUAUAGCCGGGGGUGGAGGAGGCAUAGAAUCUGCACGUUCAAGGCAUUCAGGAUGUGAUGCUAGUACUGGUUCAUUGGGAAAUCCUGGGCACAAGUCAUGGUCAGGGGGGAGCGGUGGACAUGGCGCACAGACCGCUGAUGCUGAUAAUUCUGGUAAGUGGGUUGUUUUGAUGCUAUCACCUAUUUCCGAACCAAAGCCUUUAUGUAAAGUAUCCGCAUAUCAAUAAAUUCUUGUCAGAAAAAAGCGAAAAGUAAAAAUUAUUGAAGUCAAAUGAAUUUGAUGGCGAACUGCAUGGCAAUUAUCAACGAUCUCCGCUAAUCUUUGUAACUUCUAGUCUAGUCAGUCAAAGAAUGAACAAUUUUGCCAAGUUCUAAACCUACAUGAACAGGUUAUGAAGCGACUGCAUACAAUUACCAUUCUUGUUGUUGCUAACCCUGACAGGUGGCGGUGGCGGAGGUUUCUUCUCCAGUGGCAGAAGUUCAAAGCAGUUUGGCGGUACCUCGGGGUAUGGUGGAGAAGGUGGCAGAGGAUUUAUCCAGGGAGCGGUGGGAGGUAGAGCCAAGUUUAACAAUGCUGUUGGUGGAUUUGGUGGAGGUGGAGGUGCUUACGGAAAUGGAGGGGGUGCAGGAGGAGGAGGAGGAGGAUACUCUGGAGGAAGCAGUGGAGAUAAUGAGGUUAAUUCGUGUGGAGGCGGUGGAGGGUCUUAUAAUGCUGGAAAAAAUCAACAAAACGAAUGUUGCUAUCAAUCAUCUGGCCAUGGUCAGGUGAUCAUAACCUUACUGUAA